AGAACAGUUACUGAGGAAGACGAAGAAGUAGUCUGCCAAAAAAAAACUUGAAUUUACUGUUAACUGUCCUUUCCAUCGUCGUGCUUUCCAACAGAUUUCCUUUGUUUUCUUCUUUUUUUAUUCCCUUUAUUUCUGCAACACGCAUCCGAUAAGCUUACAACUAAAAGUCCCACCGCCAUGAAAUCACGCCGCUCACUCUGCUUCCACUUCAAGCUAUCUCCUUUUCUCUUCCCUCUCAUUAGACUAAUCAACUAAAACUUAAUUUUUUACAGAUUUUUUUCCUCUUUGAUUUGGAAGCAAAAGCUGAAUCCCCUUCAGUUUCACACUCUCCUUUCUUCGUUGUUUUGACAACAAAGUCAAUGCUCCUCACUGGCAGAAAAGGGCUGAACAAUUGUUGCUGUUGUAUGUUUGGGACAAUCUUUGAAAAAGACUGAUUAUUAGUAUAUCAAAAGCAUAAUAUGCCUCAAGACGGUCUAAGAUCAAUUGUUUGCAGAUCGUUUGUUGUGUGUGAUGAUCCGAAGGGUGUCGUAGAGUCCGCGAAGAAGAUGGAGCAGAAGAACAAAGGCAGAGUAUCGAGUAAGGUUGAAAGAGAUGAGACAGUGUCUAACGGUGCCAUGGAAGAACUUCGUUGCUCUUCUUCCAGUCAGCUGGUGGAGGUUUCUAGAGGGGCUCACAAGCUGAACCAGGUGAUCAACUCGUGGUCGAGAGGAGGGAUUUGGUGUGAUCAGCAUUCGGAAGAUAUAGCUAAAGAUCUGUUGAAAGGAGCUCUCGAAUUGCAGGAUUCUUUACACGUGCUAGGGAAGUUGCAAGAAGCAUCUCAUUUGGCUAGGUUGAAGAAGAAAGAGAAGGAAAGAUCUGAUAAGGUGAGAAAUGAUCAAUUGAUUUGGAGAGUGAAUUCGAGUCCAGUCUUUGAGCCGAAUUCUCAGAAGGGAAUCCAGAAUCCGCACCUUUCAGCCGGUGCUUCUUCAAGAGAUUGCAUUGACGAGCUUAGGGAAGUGAUUAGAGAUAGCUUAGCUAGGCAAAAUCUACUGCCAAACAUAAAUGCUGAAGAAAAGAGAUGCUUUAGUUCAAGAUAUCCGGAAUUAGCUUCAGAUAUCCCGUCAACAAGCUUGAGUCGGUCUUCGUCGUUUCAAACCGACAACUGUGCUUCCAUGGAUUCAUCUGUCUGCUCGGCAGUUGAAGAGAAGAAGGCAAGAGGCCCAAGUUUGAUCGCAAAGCUUAUGGGCCUUGAAGAAAUGCCUUCAAAAUCAUUGCAGACACAUUCCCAGAAAGUUAUGGAGAAAAAGAAGACUUUCAGUCAACAAAGACCUACCUUUGAAAUUGAUACGCCACAAGUUCGGAAGUCUCAAUUUGUUUUACGAACAGAAGAUCCGGAUAAGACGCUGAAGGAUGUCCUUGAGACCAUGCAUUUUAAAGGGCUACUAAAAAACAACUCCAUCAAAGAGAUUAAGCCUGAUUCUUAUCAAUCAAGUGACUUCUUUUCCGGAAACAGGUUGAUUAACAGCAGUCCACCUAUUGUACUCAUAAAACCACGACGUGAUCCACAUCUGCAACAGCAAGAGAAGUUUGAGCCAGUGUUUCAGGAGGAGAGAACCUCAAACAUUGAAGCAAUGCUCAAAAAGCCGAAAGUAAAAGAGGAUUCUCCUUCCAAAAUUUUCAAACCCGGUAAUAGAGGUUUGAAAUUCAGUAAAAUGAGCAGAAGAGUGGAAGCAAAAGGAACUCCAGUGAAGAGACUUAUCCAGCAGGAAAGUGGAAAAGACAUUCAAGAUAAUGUGACCAGACCAGUGAAAAAGGAAGUGAAGAUUAAACAAAGGCUUCCUACUAAGAUGAAAAGUUUGGGUUCAAUAACUCAGCCAUCCGUGAAGAAAGUGGCAACUGCAAAGAACAUCAACAUGAUACCAAAGCCUAUGAUAAGCAGCAGAGGACCAGUUGUCAAGGUGGUUGCAAAAGCAAAGAAUUUAUCAAGGUCUAAAGAUCAACCCGAAGUUGUCCCUCGAAAGCCCAGUAAACCUGAGAAUGCAUCAAAUGUUACAAAAAAUAAAAUUUCCCAUCAAUCAAGUGCAACUGCAAACUCCAACUCUGUUCGCAAACCACAAAAUACAGUUCGUGGCCCCGUUGAUGUGAAAAAGAGUUCAAUGAAAAAGGCAGUGAGCAAGCCUACCAUUGAAAAGUUAGAAUGCAAAGGAGAUAAGGUUAUUUUGGAAGGAAAGAAGAUUAAUAUUGUAUCAGAAAAUGAUACUGUUUUGGAAGAAAAGAGUGUUGAUCUUGGAUCAAGCGAUGACACUGUUUUGGAAGAAAAGAGAAUUGAUCUUGCAUCCAAAAGCGAUACAGUUUUGGAUGAAAAGAGGACUGAUCUUGCAUUGAAUGAUGUUACCGUUUUGGAAGAAAAGAGAAUUGAUCUUGCAUCCGAAAAUGACACUGUUUUGGAUGAAAAGAGGAUUGGUCUUGGAUCAAGUGAUGAUACUGUUUUGGAAGAAAAGAGAAUUGAUCUUGCAUCCGAAAAUGAUACAGUUUUGGAUGAAAAGAGGAUUGAUCUUGCAUCAAAUGAUGAUACUGUUUUGGAAGGAUAUAGCACUGACACCACAGACCAACUUCCUACGGAAGAGGGAACAGAACACACUGAUAUUCUGAUUGAAGAACAAUGCUGCGAGAGUUUUGUUUGUGAUGUCACUCUGGUUACUAUCAAUGAUCAAAACAGCAGAAAAUCUAUCGGAGGCGAUGAUGAUUCAAUCACUCCGAUUGGAGCCGACAGUGGAAGCUUCAUGACAGAGACCGGUCUAAAGGCGUUGCUAUUGAGCAGUCCAGCAUUUAACGACACACGACUUUCCUUGGACUGUGCGAACGAAAUUGUUCAACGAAAAAACCAUCCUGAUUCUCAACUGAUCCACCUUCCCUGGUCAGGCCUGGUAGGAAAUGCCAAAAGGCAUAUCUCUCUAGAUCAUUUGUUAAAGGAGACUCUCGAAGGUGUCGAAGCUCUGAGAAGCUAUAGUGAACUUGCCGAUGGAAACCAACCCACCGAUGGCCUAUUUGCAAUGCUGGAAAGAGAUAUUAACCACAGUGAAGCUUUGAGUGGAAUAUGGGACUUAGGUUGGAAGAAAGGAUUCUCAAUGGAUGACACAAUUCAAGUAGUGGAAGAUAUAGAAAAGCAACUACUAAGAGGAAUAAUUGCAGAGAUUUGUGCAUAAAUUUUGCUUGUUAAAAUGGAUCAUCAGAUCUGCAGAUUCAAUAACUUCAACAGAUCGGUAAUGCAGAUCCAAAGUGUGAGCCGUUUUCUCCCAUUCAAAAUCAUGGUUUCAUUGCUGUAACUGAAAAUAUGUAAAUGACCCAAGUUUUAUUUUAUUUUU